GGAAAGUACAUUCUAGGUUCUGAGCCUGUAGCUAGCACAUCGCUGGAAACCCCCUCUGUCCUCACAAUGGAUUAACUACCCUCUGUGCGUACUAUAUUUUUGUUCAGCUUUUGCUAUUCUGAGUCUGGACUGAAGCAGUCGUUAUCUGUGGCGGUGCCUGGGUGAUUUUCAAGCCGAGCACUACCCACCCAAGUAGCUGUGAUACCGGCUUUCACUGAAGCCUUAUUACUCUUAAAAGAGCAAUUUGGUUGGCUGCACGGCUAUUAGGAUCACACAGGCAGCCUGAAAGCUGUCAGUACAAAUGCUUCUCAUGUUUUCACACAGUCCUGACAUCUCUUCUCUUUUCUGCUGGACCCACAUUCCUGUUUUUAUCAUUUUCAAUCAAGUGCACGCAGGACGCUGAGGAAUAUUCCCACUGAAAGCAAAGUGGAGAGCAGGAAUGAUUUUACAGCUCCUAAAGUGGAAACAGCGCUGACUGCGGGCUGAGGAGCUGGAGCUGGAUCCGUGAGAAAUGUAGCUUGGCUUAGGGCUACAUCAGGGAGCUGCUCCUUCAGCUGCUAAAGCUGGCAAAACACCACCUCCCCCCCAGCUUCUCAAUGAUUAUUGCUAUUUUCAUAACCGGGAGGGAAGAGGAUGUGAGAAAUUUUGCAAAAUUCACUUGUGGAAAUGUUACCAUCCGAGAGACUGGAGAAAAUUACUAGACUUGAACUUCUCUUCAUUUUGAUGCUUUUCUUCUCUGGACCAACUCUCUGCAAGCUGACCAGGACCCCCUGGAAAGGCAAACCUUGGAAGGGGGGAUCUCGUCUUCGUCAAGAAGACUUCCCCCCCAGGAUUGUUGAACACCCAUCUGAUGUCAUUGUCUCCAAGGGAGAGCCCACCACUCUGAACUGUAAGGCAGAGGGCCGGCCAACUCCCACUAUUGAAUGGUACAAGGACGGUGAGAGGGUGGAGACAGACAAGGAUGACCCCAGGUCACACAGGAUGCUUCUGCCCAGCGGAUCCUUAUUCUUCUUGCGAAUUGUGCAUGGGCGCAGAAGUAAGCCGGAUGAAGGGAGCUACGUUUGUGUUGCAAGGAACUAUCUUGGUGAGGCAGUGAGUCGGAACGCAUCUCUGGAAGUGGCAUUAUUGCGAGAUGACUUCCGGCAAAACCCCACAGAUGUGGUAGUGGCAGCUGGAGAGCCUGCAAUCUUGGAGUGCCAGCCCCCGCGGGGACACCCAGAACCCACCAUCUAUUGGAAGAAAGACAAAGUCCGAAUUGAUGACAAGGAAGAGAGAAUAAGUAUCCGUGGUGGGAAACUGAUGAUCUCCAAUACCAGGAAAAGUGAUGCAGGAAUGUAUACCUGUGUGGGCACCAAUAUGGUGGGAGAAAGAGACAGCGACCCUGCAGAGCUGACUGUCUUUGAACGACCCACGUUUCUCAGGAGGCCAAUUAACCAGGUGGUGCUAGAAGAAGAGGCAGUAGAAUUCCGUUGUCAGGUCCAGGGAGAUCCACAGCCAACUGUGCGCUGGAAAAAGGAUGAUGCAGACUUGCCAAGAGGAAGGUACGAUAUCAAAGAUGACUAUACCCUGAGAAUUAAAAGGGCCAUGAGUACAGAUGAAGGUACCUAUACGUGUAUUGCUGAGAACCGGGUGGGGAAAGUGGAAGCUUCAGCUACCCUCACUGUCCGAGUUCGCCCUGUUGCUCCUCCACAGUUUGUGGUUAGGCCAAGAGAUCAGAUUGUUGCUCAGGGCCGGACAGUGACAUUCCCCUGUGAAACUAAAGGAAAUCCACAGCCAGCUGUUUUUUGGCAGAAAGAAGGCAGCCAGAACCUACUUUUUCCAAACCAACCUCAGCAGCCCACUAGCCGUUGUUCGGUGUCCCCCACCGGAGACCUCACCAUCACUAACAUUCAGCGUUCAGAUGCUGGAUACUACAUCUGCCAGGCCUUAACGGUGGCAGGAAGCAUCUUAGCUAAAGCACAGUUAGAGGUCACAGAUGUUUUGACAGAUAGACCUCCACCCAUAAUUCUGCAAGGACCAAUAAACCAAACACUUGCAGUAGAUGGUACAGCAUUACUGAAAUGUAAAGCUACUGGAGACCCUCUUCCUGUAAUUAGCUGGCUAAAAGAAGGCUUUACUUUUUUGGGUAGAGAUCCAAGAGCAACAAUCCAAGAACAAGGAACACUGCAAAUUAAGAAUUUACGGAUUUCUGAUACUGGUACUUAUACUUGUGUGGCUACAAGUUCAAGUGGGGAGACUUCCUGGAGUGCAGUGCUGGAUGUAACAGAAUUGGGAGCCACCAUCAGUAAAAAUUAUGAUAUAAAUGACCUGCCAGGGCCACCAUCCAAACCACAGGUCACUGAUGUUACUAAGAACAGUGUUACCUUAUCCUGGCAACCAGGUACACCUGGAGUUCUUCCUGCAAGUGCAUAUAUCAUUGAGGCUUUCAGCCAGUCAGUGAGCAAUAGCUGGCAGACAGUGGCAAACCAUGUUAAGACAACUCUCUAUACUGUAAGAGGGUUGAGACCCAAUACAAUCUACUUGUUCAUGGUCAGAGCGAUCAACCCCCAAGGACUCAGUGACCCAAGUCCUAUGUCAGAUCCUGUACGGACACAAGAUAUCAGUCCCCCAGCACAAGGAGUGGACCACAGACAAGUACAGAAAGAAUUAGGAGAUGUCAUUGUUCGUCUCCAUACUCCAGUUGUCCUGACGCCUACAACCGUUCAAGUCACGUGGACAGUGGAUCGGCAACCCCAGUUUAUUCAGGGAUACAGAGUGAUGUAUCGUCAGACUUCUGGCCUACAAGCUUCAACUUUGUGGCAGAAUUUAGAUGCCAAAGUUCCCACUGAGAGGAGUGCUGUCCUAGUGAAUCUGAAAAAGGGGGUGACUUAUGAAAUUAAAGUCAGACCUUAUUUUAAUGAGUUCCAAGGCAUGGACAGUGAAUCAAAAACAGUCCGUACUACUGAGGAAGCGCCAAGUGCCCCUCCCCAGUCUGUGACUGUGCUGACAGUUGGAAGCCACAACAGCACUAGCAUUAGUGUAUCCUGGGACCCUCCACCCCCAGACCACCAAAACGGAAUUAUUCAGGAAUAUAAGAUCUGGUGUCUGGGAAAUGAGACACGAUUCCAUGUCAACAAAACUGUGGAUGCCGCCAUUCGCUCUGUAGUGAUAGGUGGCUUAUUUCCUGGAAUCCAGUACCGGGUAGAAGUGGCAGCUAGUACAAGUGCAGGGGUUGGAGUAAAAAGUGAACCACAGCCAAUAAUAAUUGGGGGACGGAACGAAGUUGUUAUUACAGAAAACAAUAACAGCAUAACUGAGCAAAUAACUGAUGUUGUGAAGCAACCUGCAUUUAUAGCUGGCAUUGGUGGUGCCUGCUGGGUAAUUCUGAUGGGCUUUAGCAUCUGGCUGUAUUGGAGAAGAAAGAAGAGAAAGGGGCUCAGCAAUUAUGCUGUAACAUUUCAAAGAGGAGAUGGAGGACUAAUGAGCAAUGGGAGCCGUCCAGGUCUUUUAAAUGCAAGUGAUCCCAAUUAUCCAUGGCUAGCUGACUCUUGGCCAGCUACGAGUUUGCCAGUAAACAAUAGCAAUAGUGGCCCAAAUGAAAUUGGAAAUUUUGGGCGUGGAGAUGUGCUACCUCCAGUACCAGGCCAAGGGGAUAAAACAGCAACAAUGCUUUCAGAUGGAGCCAUUUAUAGUAGCAUUGACUUCACUACCAAGACCACCUACAACAGUUCCAGCCAAAUAACACAGGCCACCCCAUAUGCCACAACCCAGAUCCUGCAUUCCAACAGCAUCCAUGAGCUGGCCGUUGAUCUUCCCGAUCCACAGUGGAAAAGCUCAAUUCAACAGAAAGCAGACCUGAUGGGGUUUGGUUAUUCACUACCUGAUCAGAACACAGGUAACAAUGCCUUACUUUACAUCCCUGACUACCGAUUGGCUGAGGGAUUGUCUAAUAGAAUGCCUCACAACCAGUCACAGGAUUUCAGCACCACCAGCUCUCACAACAGCUCAGAAAGGAGUGGCAGUCUCUCAGGAGGGAAAGGUGGGAAAAAGAAGAAAAACAAAAAUUCUUCUAAAGCGCAGAAAAACAACGGAUCAACUUGGGCUAAUGUCCCUCUACCUCCUCCUCCAGUCCAGCCCCUUCCAGGUACAGAGCUGGGACACUAUGCCGCUGAACAACAAGAAAACGGCUAUGACAGUGACAGCUGGUGCCCACCAUUGCCGGUACAAACAUACUUGCACCAGGGUAUGGAAGAUGAACUGGAAGAAGAUGAAGAUAGGGUCCCAACACCUCCUGUUCGUGGUGUGGCCUCUUCACCUGCUAUCUCUUUUGGACAGCAGUCCACUGCCACUCUUACUCCAUCCCCAAGGGAAGAGAUGCAACCCAUGCUUCAAGCUCACUUGGAUGAGUUAACAAGGGCCUAUCAGUUUGAUAUAGCAAAACAAACAUGGCACAUUCAAAGCAAUACUCCACCUCCACAGCCCCCUGUCCCACCAUUAGGUUAUGUGUCCGGAGCCCUGAUUUCUGAUUUGGAAACAGAUGUUCCAGAUGAGGAUGCUGAUGAUGAAGAGGAGCCAUUAGAAAUCCCCAGGUCCCUCAGAGCCCUAGACCAGACACCUGGAUCCAGUAUGGACAAUCUAGACAGCUCUGUGACAGGUUCAAUGGUAAAUGGAUGGGGCUCUGCAUCUGAUGAGGAUCGUAACUUUUCUAGUCAUAGAUCUAGUGUAGGUAGCUCCUCAGAUGGCUCCAUCUUUGCCAGCGGCAGCUUUGCACAAGCAUUGGUGGCAGCAGCAGAUAAAGCUGGUUUUAGGCUGGAUGGCACCAGUCUUACAAGAACAGGAAAAGCCUUUACCUCCUCUCAAAGGCCACGACCCACCAGCCCAUUCUCUACUGACAGCAAUACCAGCGCAGCGCUGAAUCAAAGCCAGCGACCUCGGCCCACCAAAAAACACAAGGCAGGGCGGAUGGACACACAGCCAGUGUUACCUCAUCGGAGGGAAGGGAUGCCAGAUGAUCUUCCCCCACCACCAGAUCCCCCACCAAGUCAGGGUUUAAGACAGCAGAUAGGCCCGAGCCAGCAUUCUGGUAACGUGGAAAAUUCAACAGAGAGAAAAGGAAGCUCUCUAGAGAGACAACAAGCCGCCAACUUAGAAGACACAAAGAGCUCAUUGGAUUGUACAGCUAAAAUCGCCCUAGAGUGGCAGCGUCCCACCCAGGACUGGAUAAACUCUACAGAGCGCCAAGAAGACACACGGAAAGCCCCUCACAAACAAGGGGUUGGAUCAGAGGAGUCCUUGGUACCCUACAGCAAGCCCAGCUUCCCAUCUCCAGGAGGGCACAGCUCUUCCGGAACAGCAUCCUCUAAAGGGUCCACUGGCCCUCGGAAGACUGAGGUUUUGAGAAGUGGCCACCAGCGGAAUGCCAGUGACCUUCUGGACAUUGGAUAUGUGGGCUCAAAUAGUCAAGGACAGUUUACAGGUGAAUUAUAGUAACUGAGAGGGGACAUACAAAGAUGCUCUGAGGACCAUCAGGUCUGAACUCAUGGAAGUGAUAACAUUUAACAGUGCAAUGAACAAUUUCCUUAUUUAUGUCCUAUUAAAAAACUGUAAAUGCAAUGUAAAGACACACAGCCACACAUAUCCCACAGUUAUUUUCUUGUGUUCUCCUCUUAAAUUACACCACCUACCUUAACUCUUUCUUGUCAGGAGUAUAUAAGAAAAAGAAAGAAAGAAAAACCCACCGUCCAGGAAGAAAAAGGAUUUUCCUCUGUAUAUAAUUUCUUUUUUUGCAUUACUAUGCAAGCUCACUCUUUUUAACUCUGUCCAUAUUAUUGUCUGUUCUUAUUGGUCUGUUGUACUAUAUGUGAAUUAAUGGGCUGUGGUGCCAUAUAUUAACUUUUAAUUGUGUAACUUUUAUGUUUAAAUUUUGCACUGCAAUUUUAUUUGGUGAUAAGCACAAAUCUCUACUCCUCAUGACAUGAAGAAAUGAUUGAAUGUGAAGGGAGUUUUCUGUACUGUAAGUUAGGUUGGGUAAUGCUGGUGUAACAAGUCCUGUGAGAUGGUUUUCAUUUGGGGUGUAGAAUUAGGAAGAUUCAAAGGAAUGAUGGUGUUGGCAAAGUCUUCUUGAAACAUCAGAUAUUGAGUCAAAUUUAAGAUGCACAAAGAUGGCUUUUACUAUUGAAAAAAGCAGGGGUCAAAAGAAGGAACUUUAAGUCUAGGCAGAAUAUGUGUUGAAGUGUUCUGGUAGCAAAGAUGUACUAACUUUCUUUAAAAAUAUAAUUAAAGAUUUAUUUAGAAUCAACUUUACCUGCCACUGUAAUUGACACAAUUGAGACUUACAAUGAGCAAAAUGGAAUCAAGGUGUUUCAUGAGAUCUGUAUUUAUAUUACAGCUUUUAAAAGACUGGCAUUUUUGAAUUAACAUAAUUAAGCUUUCCGACUCAUUAAGUCAGAAUAUAACAUGAAGUUCCCCAAGGAAACAAAGAAAAUGAACUCUAGAAAUUCUAGCAAAUAGUGAAAGAAGCAACUUAUUAUUAGGACAUACUCGGGCUACUCUUGAAUAUUGCAAUAUCUUCUUCAUCUUUUUAAUACAUGUACAGUACUUACUAGAGGAUGUAGCCACAUCACUUAAGUUCAUUACUUAAAAAAACUAAUUCAUGCUGCAUACAAUUUUGUGUUUCAUUUAAUUAAAAAGUGAAAUCAAUGCCACCAAAUGUAUAGCUAACUUGUAAGUACUUAAAGCCAGUGCUCGAAAUAUGUUCAGUUUACACUUAGUAGAUUUAUUGAACUAAAUAUUUUCUGGUACAUUCUCAGUAACUGGCUACCAACAAUAUCUGUUUGACCCAUUUUGAAUGAGUAAAUUGGAAAGAACAGUGAAAAGGGAGAAAAAUGCAUGUUUAUACACUUUUUAAAUAAAACCAAAUCUUGUAAGUGGACAUUAA